UAUAAAACUCUCACUGUGUUUCUUACAUUUAUUCACAACGUUACUCUGUUAAGGCAUUAGCUCUGGUUAUCAAAAAUGUCACUAUUUUCAGUGUCUGUCCUAUUAUUUAGUGUAAUUUUUGUUGGAUAUGUAAGCACUGAUCAUCUUAAUUUAGGUACGAGCGUGAACGGUUCAUUGGCAUUAGUGAAAAAUGUAAAAUUGUCGGCUGUACCAUUUAAAGUACGGACGAAAAAUGUAUUCUACACAAAUGAAACCAGUCCUAAAGUUAUAAAGGGUAUAACGGCCAUAGAUUCCCUCAACUCGAAAGCGAAGGCGACGGUGACUGCGGGCGGCGUUGGCUCCACUUUCGCUAAUAUAAAACUGAAGAGUGAACGUGGCGGAGGAUUGGAUUAUCAAGUACAAAUAUUUGUAUAACAUCUGAAAAAUAUUCUCAUAAUUUGAUUUUGUUAUUGAAGUUAGAAAUGUGAUUAUUAAAUAUUAAAUAUGAAUUUA